AUGUUAAGCCAAGAAACUGAAGAAAGACUUGCAAAUAUCUUAAUAAACAUCGGCGAAGGAGACCAAGAUAUCGAAGUCGUCCGCCAAGUUCUCUCAGAAAUCCGCACAUUUGAGCCUUUCAGUACUUUUCGAAGUUUAGAUCGAUUUGGGAAUGGUUUUCUUACCAGCACAGAUCUCCUCGAAUUUUUAAGAAGAAACAAUUUUAGACCUACAGAGCGAGAAAGUUAUCUAUUGAUAAGAGAAUGAGACUCAAACUCUGACGGAUUGCUUUCUUAUGGAGACUUUCAAAAAUGGAUGCUACCAUCUCAAAACCAAAAUUUAGCAAUUUUAGCAUCAAGAAGAAUGGGAUUUCAUCCUAACGAAUUGUCAUAUGAAAUUGAAUAUGCACUUAUGAGGGUUCUCGAGAGGGAAAUUUCUUAUUUAAGAAGGGUUGAAAACUUUAGGCAAGAUUUAGAAAGGAUGCCGGACUUCAAUCUUUUGCAAUGCUUCCAAUUAGUUGAUGACGCAAAACUGUCUUAUUUGACGAUUGGGUCUUUGGAGAGGUUUUUAGAAAGAAAUGGGUAUAAGCCCAGCAGAGAAAUCAUGGAGUCAAUUAUGAGGAGAAUUGAUAAAAAUGGAGACUCAAGGGUGAGUUAUUCAGAGUUUGUUGAUUCAAUAAUGCCUUCUGAGCCUUUUUCUAAAAUAGGACUUUGCAGCUCUACUUAUCUUUCAGGAAAAUCAAAUUACUCAAUGUCCCCAUCUCCAUAUAAAUCCUUCAGGUCUUCCAUAAGCUCUGAUACAAAGAAAACUACGUUUGCAGAGCCAAGAAGUCAAAGUCCUCCUAGAAAGCUAAAAUCAGCCCUUAAAAAAGACUCCUCAUUGUCUACACGGUCAUCAAUGUCAAGAGAAAGUACAUCUGACUAUGAUAUAACCGAGCUAGCAAAAACAUUUGGUGAACAAAUAACACUCGAUAAAGAACUAGAAAAUAUGAGGCAGGAAUUAGCCUUAAGAGCCGAUUUCACAAUUGCUGAUGCAUUUAGGAUGCUUGAAAGUCCGACUUCUAAAGGGCACAUCUCUGAGCUUCAGCUUGAUUCAGAACUUAGAAGCUUAAAUGUAUAUUCUCGGCAAAAUGAGCUUUAUUUAUUGUUUAGACACUAUGAUAAAGACUGUGAUGGCAAACUGACAUAUUCUGAUUUAUGUGAUAUGCUAACACCCAGGCAGUCGGAAUAUUCGAAACUUCUUAAUAGCAGAGCUCCAUCAGGGGUGAAGUUUUCAAGAAGAAAAUGCGCUUUGUCUAUUGAGACGCAAGAGUUAUUAGCGAGAGUUUUUAAGAAAAUUUUUGAUAUUGAAAAUGCAUCAGAAAUAAUUAGACAAAGGAUUGCUAAUAAUCCAAGCGUUAAUAUUCAUUCUUUGUUUUUGAAACUAGAUAAAACUCAUAAUGGGUCAAUUUCGAUUGAUGGGUUUAGGAAAAUGCUUCAUGAAAAUGGUAUUUAUCCGACUGAGAAGGACUUAAUGGCUUUGCUGAGCAGGUAUGAUAAAGAUAAAGAUGGUAAAGUCAGUUACAGAGAAUUUGUUCAAGAAAUUGAACCCAAAUCGCCCCCUCGUAAUUAA